AUAGAUCUCAGUUUAAUCAUGAUUUAUCUGUUACCGUAGUUACCGCCACACACACACAUCACUUUAAUAGUGUUUAAUGUUGUUUGACAGAUUUGAGUGCAAAGGAAGAACAUAAUUAAUAUUAAGGAGAUGUUCCGAAAAUGAAUGAGGAGGUAGAUUGACUGGAAAACCCAAGUCCCUUGAUUAGCUGGUUCACCCUCACAUUGUCAAAUUGUCACCAUGGGAAUUAAAGAACGAUACAACCUUAAAAGGAUCCGCCUUCACAAAGAACGAAGUACAGUGGGAGGGGUUAUGUUUCUUUGGUGGCACUGUUGUGCUGCAAUGUCUUAUUGCAUUCAUAUAAAUACAGUGAAUGUGUCCUGUCAUUCUCAUCUGAAAGGAGUGUAAAGUUGUGAUUGUUUUGACAGACCAUUUAGCAAUGUCCUAUGCUAUGAGGAGUCUGGUGGAGGAUGAUAACAGAUACCUCAAGUCCUUCCAGUUGUUCUGGGAAUGCUCCUCUGAACAUCAGUGCAUGCAGGACUUCAUCCACGUCAUCCUGCCUGACAUACUAGCCAGCAUUGGAGAGGGAAAAGCCAAUCUUAAUGUGAUGGGAGUCGGAAGUGGAGCAGGUGAGGUUGACCUGGAGAUGUUCUCAGAGCUGCGCCUGAAGCAUCUUGCCGUAACCGUGGACAAUCAGGUGGUGGAGCCCAGCGCGCAGCAGUUACACCUUUAUAAGGUUUUGGUGUCCCAGAAACCAAAUCUAGAUUACAUUAAAUUCACCUGGAAUAAGAUGACUGCCACUGAGUUUGAGAAGGACUGGCGAGAGAAGAACUAUACCAAGAAGAUGGACUUCAUACACAUGAUACAGAUGUUGUAUUAUGUGAAGGAUCCUUGUGCUACAGUGUCAUUCUACCAGAGUCUCCUGGACAAGAAAGGAAAACUACUCAUCAUUCUGGUGUCUGGUGAGAGUGGCUGGGGGAAGCAUUGGAAGACCUUCAAGACCCAGCUGUGUAACACAGAGAGCAGUCACACUGUCACUACAGGUGAUAUUAAAACCUACCUGGACUCUAAGACCGUGAGUUACCAGAGCUACGAGCUACCUUCUCAGAUUGAUAUCACAGAGUGUUUCACUGAGGGGGACCAGAGAGGAGAGCUACUGCUAGACUUCCUGACUGAGGUGUUGAACUUCAGCAGCACGGCUCCUGCAGAGCUGAAGGCUAGAGCUCUGGAGCUGCUGAGACACUCAGACUGUAGUAAAGAGGUAGAGGGAAGGGUUAUCUUCAAUAAUACCCUGGGCGUGCUGGUCGUUGACCCUCUACAGUAACUAGUUGUUAACCAUUUACAAUAACUUUAAAUACUGUAGCAACAACCUGACAUAACAGUUGCUUUUUGAUUGACAUCUUGUUUCAAUUAUAUGUGAAUGUAUCCUGUAUACACUCCAGAAUGUACACAGUUUUGUCAUUACCUCUAUCAGUUAUGAUAAGAUAUGAUCCACCAGUCUACUGAAUGACUGCAGAUAUCAGCAUGUGUCUACUGUACUCUUAACAAUAGGCUAAUCAGUCUGUGGAAGUAGUUCAUCAAUAUUUAACUGGCAGUAAUAAUUUAGCCAGUGUGGAUUUUGAUUCUGUCACAGUGAUAUCAAGAGAAGUGGGACCAAACAAUGACCAGUCUUACCUUUGUUCAGAUGUGCUCUGUAUAAAGUAAACUUGUAGUA